AUGGCGGCAACACCUGAAGCAAAUUCAGUACAUGUCGAGUACAUUCGCUCUGACGUAUACAAUAAAGCUAAACCGGAUUCAGAUGACCCUUUUCGUCAUUCUGCGGCUGUAAACUCCCACAACCAUCACCAUUUGCAUCCGUGGGGGAAGCAUAUCAUUGCUGGAUCUAAAGACUUUGACGUAUUAUAUUCGCACGCCAACAACAAAUACAUGUACCAUCUAUGGUACGUCGAUGAGCUUGAGCCUUUCAUGGCGACGAAACUUCUGAAAAUUCAACCCCUUUCAGCGGAAUUGGUAAACGACCUUCAAUCUUGCGUCACAACCGUUCUUGAAACAGGCAUCGAUGCUGCUCUACGAAGUUAUGAGGGUAGAAAGCUUGUGGUGUCGUUCCAGGCCAUCCUUGAUGAUGCUACUAAAGAUUUCUCUGGUCCAAUCUUUGUGCGGCUCGGUGCCACGUCAGCUAAAGACAGCUUUGCCAAUGGCGCCCCAACUGCGAAGCCCAGCCCUUUGCCUCCCAACUCGGACCUGGUCCUUCGUCGUCUGCUCAGCAGCGGACGUGUUACUGGUCGCCUUCUGGCACUUGCAGAUCGCGUAUGGGCAGAUGACCCAGGUGAGGCACUUAUUGUUCAGCAAUGGUCUCCAGAUGUGGAAAUAAGGCGAGAAAUCCGGGUCUUUUGUUUUGCUGGCCGCGUUACUGCCAUUAGCCAAGAUGUGUGGUGGGAGAAAUCAGGUUGGCGUGACAGAUACUCGGAUGGAUUUGUCCAAGCUAUCACCAACCUAUGGGACGCUGUCAAAGGCUUCUUGCCCUUUGAUACGUGUACUAUGGAUGUUCUAAUGACUCCACCAGGUGAUCAACAGCCUUGGACAGCAAAGAUAAUUGAAUUCAAUGGCUUUGGAGCCCACCUCAAUACCGGAAGUGAUCUUUUUCAUUGGGUUAGUGACAAUGAUAUUCUUCAAGGGAAAUCCCUUGGAGUUGUCGUUCGGUUUGUUGAUGACUGGGAUGAUGAUGAUGCUACUACCGCUGUAGGUGAUAGCCUAGCAACAACUUCUGAAUCAACUUUAGGAGAUGGGGAGGAGCCAGAUUGGGCUGUGUUAGAGAGGGAGCUACAGGCCAAAUAUUCCGACAAAAAUAAAGACGAGAAACGUAUGAAGAUAGAGCAAGUUGGCCUACCGCUAAAUGGCCGCUGGUGCAGCGCGUAUUAA